CUUCGGGCUUACCGUCGACUGCUAACCUGGUGACGGACGGUCAGUGGUUUCGGUCAAAGUCCGAUUAAACUUGCACUGGCUGCUUUAGAGCGGUUGGGACAGCGCACAAUUUCUCUGCAAUGACUACACGAAAUGUAUCUCGGUUUUGGGAAUGGGGAAGGAAGAUCAUCUGCGUUGGGAGAAACUAUGCAGAUCACGCCAAGGAGCUGAAAAACGCGAUUCCGACUGAGCCCGUCUUAUUCCUGAAGCCACCGUCUGCCUAUGUGAGAGAGGGCUCUCCUAUCCUGGUGCCGCUGUACAGUAGCAACCUGCACCAUGAGGUGGAGUUGGGGGUGGUCAUCGGGAAAGGGGGGACCAGCAUCCCGCAGGCCGCCGCUAUGGAGCAUGUGGCGGGUUACGCUCUGUGCUUGGACAUGACAGCCCGGGACGUCCAGGACGUCUGCAAGUCCAAAGGUUUGCCCUGGACCCUGGCCAAGGCUUUUAACACCUCCUGCCCCGUGAGCGACUUCAUCCCCAAAGAGCGCAUCCCUGACCCGGGCAACGUCAAGAUUUGGCUCAAGGUGAACGAUCAGCUGCGGCAGAGCGGCUGCACCUCCCAGAUGAUUUUCUCCAUUCCCUUCCUCAUCAGCUACAUCAGCGACUUCAUCACCCUGGAGGAAGGGGACAUCAUCCUGACGGGGACUCCCAAGGGGGUCUCCGCCGUGCAGGAGCACGACGAGCUGCAGGCUGGGAUCGAGGACGUAGUUACCAUGAGCUUCAGAGUAGACAGACAAGAAUAAUAGUGGACACAAAAUAGAUUUACGAGGCAAAAGAAAUGCACUGGCUGUGAAGAAAAAGGUGCUUUUACUGUGAAAAACUGGUGAUUCCGUCGAUGUCUGCUUUUGGUCAGCAGAUGGCAGUGGUGUGCCAGAUUUUUUCUACACCAUUUCAAGAAGACAGUUUACAACUUUCCGACAGUUGCAGCAGCGUAUGUUUUACUGUAUGUUUUACUCAAACCAGGGGUAUGAAAAACCAUUCAUCGUCACACGUUGUCAGUGUCUUGACCCCCAGUGGUGGAGGAAGUGUUGACGACUUUUAAAUAAAAGAGGCUUUGAUGUAAUCAUAUGGUUUUUAUUUAUUAUUUACAGAAAACUGUGAAUGGGAUUAUUUGAUUAGCGACUAUGUUCAUUGACAAUUAAACAAACACAAAUAUU